CGUGAUCAUUCCCUAUCAUUGGUUAGUCGACUUCGAGCACCGCUCGCUUGUCGUAUGAACUCCCUUCCUUGAUGCCCCUCGCGUUCCCGGCCCCUGCACUCUUUUGGAGAGAGUCAGAUAAUGCGGAGGAAGAGGUCUACAGCCCCAGUCCAGCUCCGCCUGUGUCCCCAACUCUGGUAAUUGAUCCUGCCAUUUUGAACGCCUAUGACGAAACGCACGGUGCCGAGCAAUAUUCGUACCUUCCGAACAGCCGACAAGCUGUUACCAAUGGUAAUUUCGAUCCUUCUUCAACCGAAGCACCCGACAAUUACUUUCCCGAAAACUCAAAUUAUCAUCCCGAAUCCCUUCAACCACAUCACCUGGAUAUCUAUCACCGUGACGGCCCUCAAGGGCCUCCACCCGAACCUAUUUUUGAGCCUGAAGAACCACCAUUUGAAGACCCCCCCCGUCCACCACCCCCAAAGCGGCCAAAACGCGUUAAACGUCCCAAAAGAGAGCUUGAAUGUGGUUUCUGUCAAGGAGAUGACGAACGAAAUAAGUUCGGAAAGCCCGAGUCAAUGCUGAGCUGUGCCAAGUGUGGACGAAGUGGACACCCUACAUGCGUUGACAUCAAGCCUCAUUCCGCAAGGAUUGCGAGGGAUUAUCCAUGGACCUGUAUGGAAUGUAAACCGUGCGAGAUCUGUCAACAGAAAGGCGACGAUACCAAACUAUUGUUCUGUGACAAUUGCGAUCGGGGCUGGCACUAUGACUGCCUCGAUCCACCUUUCGACAACACUCCAGAGGGUGAUUGGAACUGUCCCUUGUGUCCACCGAUAGUACUGUCGGAGUAUUCCGAGUCUUCACGCUCUGGAGGGUCACCAGAGGCCGAAGCCGACGAAGAGGCGCUUGAAGAGGAGCCCACCGAUGAAACCCUCUCCAUUGCAACCCCAGCAAGACGCCGAGGACGAAUAACCAAGGCGAGACCUAGAAAAGCCAAGUUCUCUUUGAGGAGGAGUAAAUCGUCUAGGAGCGUCAGAAAACCCCGUCCGAAGUUCAAUGGCACAUUAGUCCACUCCACCCGCGGUGAGAAGCUCACACUCAAGCUUCGACUGCAAAUCAGAGAAGAGCAAGUGCCUUCCUCGCCCUUUGAGUCAUUUCUGAAAGAAGAGGACCUUGAUACGUCCAAAACUUCAAUCACCAACGAUGACAAAAACAAGUUCGAGAGAAGUCGCAUUGCUGCUGAGUUAAGACUCGCACCUCCCCCUCUCCCUUUGCCUUUCGAUACACCUUUAGGACCUGCGCACAAUUCCAUACGCCCCCUCCGUUCCCUUACUCAACUUCUUGUCCCCUCCACACCUCGACUCGAACAAACUGGUAGCCCAGUCCCUGGACCCUCUACCCCUCUUCCGUCUACCCCGGGUGGAAUUUCAUUGGAACCGCCGCCGCUUCGCAUUCGAAUAUUGCGGUUUGGAAAAUUCGAUAUUGAUACUUGGUACGAUGCGCCCUUCCCAGAAGAAUACAAUAAUAUUCCCGAAGGUCGACUUUGGAUGUGUGAGUUCUGCUUGAAGUACAUGAAGAGCGCUUUUGGGUUUGUUCGACACUUGAGGAAAUGUAAGGCAAGGCAUCCUCCGGGUGAUGAAAUAUACAGAGAUGGAAACAUAUCUGUUUUCGAAGUUGACGGACGGAAAAAUAAGAUCUACUGCCAGAAUCUAUGCCUGCUCUCAAAAAUGUUCCUUGACCACAAGAGUCUCUUCUACGAUGUGGAGCCAUUUCUGUUCUACGUCAUGACUGAGGCGGAUGACGGAGGUACCCGUUUUGUUGGUUACUUCAGCAAGGAGAAGCGGAGUCCAAAGGAUUAUAAUGUGAGCUGUAUCAUGACUCUUCCAGUCCGGCAAAGGAAAGGUUGGGGCAACCUGUUAAUUGACUUCAGCUUCCUGUUGUCGAAAAAAGAAGGGCGUGCCGGUUCCCCAGAGAAACCACUCUCCGCUCUGGGAGCGUUGAGCUACCGCAACUAUUGGACCCUCGCGAUCAUGAGAUACCUCCAAAAUGCUCCUGAUCAUGUCACCAUCGACAGCAUAAGUAUAGCCACAGCGAUCAAACCAGAAGACGUUCUAGCCACUUUGCAAGACCGGCACAUGAUCCACAUCUCAGAUCGCAAUUCAACUCCGACACCAAAGACUCCAUUUUCUAGACAUCGUAGACCACGUCCUUUGACCUUACCUCGCCGCAAUUCACACCGAAAGACAGCCACAAAGGAAGAGGUUGUCACGGACUCUCGAAUCCCGAAUUCGUACAAUAUCCGGUGGGACAGAGACACAGUACGCGGGUACCUUGAGAAGUGGAAUGCCAAAGGUUACCUCACCCUGAAGCCGGAGAAUCUUAAGUGGACGCCGUACCUCCUAUCUAGAGCCGCGAAAUUCGACGUUCCCAUUCAACCACUACAACCUAUGUCAGGGGUCUCAAAUCUCAAACCUUCCUCACCCGCCACAGCCUCACUUCCAGGAGAUGAGUCGCUGUCUGCAGUCGAGCAAGCCAAAGAUCCUAAUCUCACACCCGAGGCAGGACCAUCGCGUUUCAAUGCUGCCCGUUCACCCAAGCCCGCAUCUGCAGACAUCCACGGCGAGGAGGAAGAUGACGAUUUCAGGGAGAUAGAGGAGACACCAUCUCGCGGACUCAGGAUACGUUCUCAUCCACAGCAACGACUUCUACGCUCAAUAAAGUUGCGGCAUUCCUCACUGCGCUCAGCUUCUCUUCCUGGGGAACCUCGGCGCCGCACGCGAAGCCAAGGAAUGUUGAGGGAGGAGGGACCUGGUGGCACACCAAUUCGCAAUGGAAGAGGAAGGAGACGCUCAAGAGAAGCGUCCAUCGAAUCAGUGGUUAAAAUGCAAACUCCGCCGCGCAAACGACGGCGCAUCCAGACUUCCCCAGAGUCAUCCAUUCUUUCUUCCCCACCAACCAGGCAUGGCAGUCCCCCACUGAGUGACGGAGAAAAUAAACCCUCUCAUCAACGCAAGCGCCCGAGCCACCGUCUUGGCAGAACCACCGCGAAGCUAUUCACCAACGAGAACGGCCACUUUGAAGAGCUCAGUUUCACGCCGAUGAAUGGAAAGAGGACUUCUUUGCGAUUAAACGGGGCCUCAAAAAAUCCUCCGUUCACACCAUUACUGGACGAUCCCGAAGCCGCUCUACGACGGCACCACAAGCAUCGCGGGAAAAAUCCAUCUGAUGACCUUUCGCCCAACAACACAGAACUCGCUCCAAAACGAACGAACGGUGAAGACCAUGAUCAAUAUGAACAUUCCAGCGCAGGUGAGACCUCGCCUGGGGCCCUACUUACAAAUGGCCACCGUGCCAAUGUCAAGAUGGACAACGACAACUCUGAUGCUGAUGGGGAGGGUGAGGAGGAGAUGGACACCAUUCGCUUUGACCUAGGCGAUGAAGAUGCGGAAGGCGAAGACGACAUCGAUGCAGAGGGGGAGCCAGAGUAGAGACAUUCGCACUUCAACACGUAACUUAUUCCUUCUAUGAUUUCUUUGUUUCUCUGGUUUUAAUACUGUUGUUUACGCUGCUCAUAUACAUCAUACUGUAUAAUUCACGGGUG